GGAGGAAGGAGCGCGGCAGCAAGCAGGGCUCGCCGUGGGCAACCCCAAUGCGUGGACUAUCGGCUGCUGCAUUAUGCUGGAGCUACGGUUCCGCUGAGAGGAGUUUGCAGACGGCUGGCCGGGCUGGACUGCAGCGCUGCCGUUCCUUAUGAAGAAGGCACAAACUUGGAUUAUCACUUACUUUUGUCUUCAACUACUCCUACUUAACCCUCUUGUCAAAGCCCAGAGCUCCUGUGGGAAUCCAGUGACAGAUGAUGUGAAUGACAUUGCAAAAUUGGUUGGAAAUCUCCCAAAUGAUUAUAUGAUAACCCUUAAAUAUGUCCCGAAGAUGGAUAGCCUGCCUAAUCACUGUUGGUUGCAUUUGAUGGUGCCUGAAUUUUCAAGGAGUCUACAUAAUCUUCUCCAGAAAUUUUCAGAUAUUUCAGAUAUGUCUGAUGUUUUAAGCAACUAUUCAAUCAUCAAUAAUCUCACAAGGAUAAUUAAUGAUCUUAUGGCAUGUCUAGCUUUUGAUAAAAAUAAGGAUUUUAUAAAAGAAAAUGGUCAUCUUUAUAAAGAAGGUCGCUUCAUUCCCGAGGAUUUUUUCAGUCACUUUAAUAGUACCAUUGAGGUCUAUAAGGAGUUUGCAGACACAUUGGAUCAGAGUGACUGCAUUUUGCCUUCAACAGUAGAAACACCAGAGAAUGAUUCCAGAGUCGCUGUCACAAAAACAUUUUUGUUUCCUCCUGUUGCUGCCAGCUCCCUUAGGAAUGACAGCAUUGGCAGUAACACUAGCAGUAACAAAGAAGCACUUGGCUUCAUUAGCAGCCCCAGCCUGCAAGGGAUCAGCAUAGCGCUGACAUCACUGCUGUCUCUUCUUAUUGGCUUUAUUUUGGGAGCCAUAUACUGGAAGAAAACACAUCCCAAAUCCAGAGCAGAAAGUGAUGAAACUACACAAUGUAAUGACUGUCAAGAGGAAAAUGAGAUAAGUAUGUUGCAGCAAAAAGAAAAAGAACAUCUACAAGUGUAGCUGUUGGUUUUUCUCCCUCAACACUGUUACUGUUUCAUGUACUGCAGGUAACAGUUACAUGUUCGCUUCAUAAAUGAAGCAGCUUUAAGCACAUUCGUAUUCCUUCUGGAGUGACAGACUGAGUCUGCAUCUGUUGUUGCUGCCCAUGACUCCAUAGACAUGAUAUAGAAAUGAGGACAAUUUGUGUUCGUUACUGUGAAACCAACAUUGAAUUGAACAACGUUAAAAAAAAGUGUGCACUGAGCAGGACUCUGUUUUAUGUGAAUAUCUACCUUGUGUGGCAUUUGGGGAUUUUUAUUAACAUUAAUACUUGCAGAUGAUUCUGACAAGCAAAGUCCUGAACAAAAAGCAUCUUUCAAAUGCCUCCAACUGUGUGUAAUCAUUGAAAGUCAUAAAUGUGUUUGUAUCCUUAAUUUAAAUUCUGUGUCCUCUACCUUACCUUGGUGUCUUCAAAUGGAGUUCUGUGAACUGACAGAAAAAGCAGAAAUGGAUACAGAUAACAUGUUCUUCAAUUUUGUAUAUACAACUUGAAAGUAAAGCCAAGCCAUGGACCAGUGUACUAGCCUUUUACUUAUAAGGAACUGGGUUUAUGUCUGGCAAAGGUCUUGUGUACGGCGAUAUGUGGUCUCUGUCGGAUGCCAGGUGGCUCUAUGCCCACCCAAAAAGCCUCAAGACUUCAUCAGGGUUGAUGGUCUCUGUUCAGGAGAAGCAAUACUGGAUGAAGAAACAAGUGUACUGGAGGUAAUAGUACAGUGUGGAGCUUUCAAGAAUUAGGAGUAACUGCUGAAUAUGUGAACACUGGUGUAAUCUCCAGCCACGGAAAGGGAAGGGAGAGUAAAGAGUCUGAAUUGCGUUCAAAUAUCAGAAUGAAGGCAAACUCAUGAAAUGCAUUUUAAAUUCUGAAGAUGCAUGCCAUUGGUAUCUUCUCUUUACAUAUAUAUCAUAGAAAAUUUGAAAGAUCCAGAGGGUAUAUUUAGCUUUUAUUUACAUCAGCUGUAAUUAAUGUUUGCAUUGUGUUUUAAAUGAUUAAUAAGCUUUAAUAUCCUGGCAUUCUCCAUUCUUAACGUUGAUUCUCUUGAAACAGAAUAGAGCGACUUUAUUUCCCACUUGUCUUCUGCAUCUAUUGCUGUUAUUGCAUACAUGGAAUAUGUACAGGACUGAUGUACAGACAUGCAUUUUCAAGUAAACCCUAGAAAUCGUGGUAUAAAUUGCAGUGCACUGUGCUGUCUCUUUCUAGAUAGUAAAUAUGAAUCAUUUAUCUAUCUUAGGGGUUUGUACUUCAGAAUGUAGAGGUCGCUCACCUCAAAUGACAAACUUUCUAACAGCCAGUAAGAAGGUCAAUAAGACUUUUAAUUUAAGUAACUUAAAAUAAAAAACUCUUUUAAAAUGUUUUUCAUAAAGUUGAAUUUAUCUUUAAAGUAUAUAUUACUUAAUUUUUUAAGAAUUCUUGUGGAUGUUUUAAUCAUCUGCAAAAUUUUCUGGGAACCAAAUGUCAAAAGAGUAUGACAAAUAUAUAUAUAUAUAUAUGUAUAUAUAUGUAUGUGUAUUACUGGUAAAACUGAUCUAUCUUUCAUGCUACCAAAAAGAAAACGCCUCAAACCCUUACUAAAAGUUGAUGGCAGAAUUGAUAUGUGAGUAUAGCCACAUCUCAUACAGUUUUAUCCCCACUGAAAUAAAUAGCAAAACUUCAGACUUCACUGAGACCAGGGUUGGAUCAUGUGGAUCUAGGAUUCAUUUAUACUAAGGCACUGCUUGAGUGUUGUAAGAGAGUCCUCAAAUCCUGUUCAGCCAGGGUAAGUUAGCAUAGUUCCAUAAAUGUUAGCAAAGCUCUGGGAUUUGCAACAUCUGAGGGGCUUCUCAGACUAAAUCAAAAGAUGUGUAGUGUGAGAAUUCAGCUUUCGUUUUUAUUCAGAAGAUGCUGAGGCACUCACUGCUUAUGAGAAGUAAAAAGGUUCUCAGCACUUCUAAAAAGCAAGUGCAUUGCAAGUUUCAGCUCUGCAAAAAUCCAAACAGCAGGCUCAAUCUUAUAAAACAAUGUAUAGUUCUUUACUCACUAUGCCUGCAGACUUUAUGUUUCAAACUUAUUUAAGAGUUCCCCUGAAGGAAAUGUCAGCAUGACUUAAUAUUUGAUGGGAAAUGUGCACCUUACUGGUAAUACAGAGAAUAACUGCCUACAGGUUUUGACAGAGAGGAAAUGUAUCCACAAUAAAUGGAAGCAAUUAUCCUUACACAUUUUACAAAAACAUUGAAUAUUUCACAUAUGUUAUAUGAUGUGUUCUCAAAUCAGUUCUAUGCAUUUGAAAUCCUACAGUAUUUUUCAUAGAUUCAGUUAUUUAGUAUUUAUUAAUAUUCUUUGCUCAUAAGAAUGUUAGUUUUCCUAAAUGUGUACUUUCCAAAAAAUCAAAUGUACAAUAGCAUUGCACAUUGGUGUGCCUCAAAUUUGACAUUCAAAAUGCAUGGUGUUUUAGACUCCUUAGUAUACAAGCUACUGUUUGAUGAGAAAAGGUGAGAUAUUGUAUAAAUUGAAAUAUACUAACCACAGAUGGAUUAAAAACUGUGACUAUAUCAUUUUCAAAUAAUGUCAUGUACUUUCAUCCUGGCAAAUUUAAGGGUACCUAGGAACAGAAGGAAAAUUCAUAUAUAAGCCUUCUAACCUCACAUCACAAAUAUUGUUCUCAUUUUGAAUUAUGCACUGAAUGAAGUAAUAUCACAUAUAUUUCCUGUGUUCCCACCCCCUUUUGAUUUGAACAUAAUGUUGCAAAGCAGAAGGCCACUUUUAGACAUUUCUGAAUGCAAUAGAUUGCAUGGCACUUGGAAAUGUAAUUAUGAAAUUAUUUGAAAGAUUUUUGUGCUCUAUUUGUCUACCCAUUGCAGAGGCCCUUUCUUCAGACAUAGUAAAAUUCUGAAAGACUACUGACUUGUGAGAGACCUUUGAAAUCAAUGGAAAUAGAAUAAGUUACUUUUCUGCCUGAGCAGUGGUGGCAGGAACAGGCCCUUAAUUACUUCUUCAUCUAGUUUUAAGCUAUCUGUCUGAUUUCUGAAGAAUGAUCGGUUUUUAAACCUGCAGUUUGAGGAGACACAGCCCAUGCAUCAUCACGGCUAGAAAAUAAAUAUCCUUUCUCUUAAAAAUAAAUUGGAGAAAGCAAGUGAAGCAUUUCAUUUCUAUGAAAGUUAACCAAAUUUGGGGCUAUGAUAUCUGUGGUUUUGUGAGAAACUAACAUUUUUAAGUUUCCUUUGGAGUAGUUGAACUUUGCAUGCAAUUAAUAGUGGCCUUGUGAGAAUAAAAAUCAGAUAGUGAUAUACUGAGUAACUCAAUGUGCUAUUUUAGAUGUGUGUUUACUUGAAUAACUUAAUGGUACUUAUUUCAUCACAAGGUCAUUUUAUAAAUAAGCUUAUAAACAACUAAUGUGCUAUACUAUGGAAUAUGUGUACAACCUGCACAUUUUUUUGGAUUCUUAUCUUCACCAGCUCUGUUUUCUCUGUUGCUGUCUCUUUGUAAUAUGCUGAAACUGUUCAGUACACACGAAACAACUAUUAAAUUGAAAGCUAACCAUAUAUAAAAUGCAGAUAUUUUGAGUUAGAUUUACAUUUAAGAAUUAACCAACAUUCUUCAAUUCAGGAAUUUGAUUCAACUAUCUAUUAAAUACAAAUCUACAGUAAUGGUGGCAUGUUACUGUUAUAUUAUCAAAUUGAUGGAACGCGGAAACUUCAGACUCUUUAGUGAUAGAGACACAGACUUUUGCUGGUUGCAUAUGGGCAAAUUCAUAUAUUUCGAUGUAAAUGUCAGCACAAUCUUAUAUAGUUACAUUCUGACUGAAGGUAAUAAACAAAGUUUAUAAAAUGUGAUGUGUAUGUAUAUAUGUGUCCUCUUAAAGAUAGAUGUUUUCCCUGAUCCUUUUUUAUACCAGUUCAAAUUUGGAAUUUACAUUAUAUACAUAUACUUUAUUGUUCUAAAUAAA